UAGCCUGUCUUCCGGUUUCGUCGCCGCCGCAGGCGCACCUGCCGAGUUCCGAGCGACCGAUGGAGAUGGCGGCCGCGGCUGUGUGAGGGACGGUGGAGGCCCGGGCCCGAGGACGGGACAGGCCUGCGUGUCCGCAGGAGCCCGGCCGGGUACUGUGCUAAACCCUGGGGAGACGGCGAAGGGGAAAACAUAUAGAGUUUGUGCCUUCCGAGAUUUUUCAGUCUUACUUGGUCACUUCACGUAUGUACCUGCGGUUAUAAAUUGAGAUGAGUGCUGUGAAGGAGAAGUCCAUUCUGAUGCUCUGAGUGUCUCACAAGUAUCAAGAACUUAAUAUAUGUGGUUGAAUAAACAAUCAAGGUAAACAGCGUCAAGUAAAAACUUCUGCUUGUUGAUGAGUACUUCAGACAUUCCCCCAGUGGCUAAAGUGGCAUAUGAAUUACGAAGUUGGGUCAUUUGGAAUGAAUGUAAGAGAAUUGCCAAGGCUCCUCCUACUCCAGAGAGGAAACCUCAUCCAGGGCCAUGAAGCUACUUCCUCACCAUCUGUGUGCUGCUUAAGCUAAUGCUGUGGGAACUAUGGUUCCUUGGGAGGAAUCAAGCUGACUCUUGGCAUGAGAUCCCUGCCUUCCUAGGGUUGAGAGCGGCACCGCCAUGGCUUCUCUGGAUGACCCAGGGGAAGUGAGGGAGGGCUUCCUCUGCCCUCUGUGCCUGAAGGAUCUGCAGUCUUUCUAUCAGCUUCACUCACAUUAUGAGGAAGAACACUCGGGCGAAGACCGUGAUGUCAAAGGGCAAAUUAAAAGUCUUGUCCAGAAGGCUAAGAAAGCAAAGGACAGGUUGUUGAAACGAGAAGGGGAUGAUCGAGCAGAAUCAGGGACCCAAGGAUAUGAGUCUUUCAGCUAUGGAGGGGUUGAUCCUUACAUGUGGGAACCCCAGGAGCUUGGUGCUGUGAGAAGCCAUCUUUCCGACUUCAAAAAACACCGAGCUGCGAGAAUUGACCACUAUGUUGUGGAAGUCAAUAAAUUAAUAAUCAGGUUAGAGAAGCUCACUGCGUUUGACAGAACAAAUACUGAAUCUGCAAAGAUUCGAGCAAUAGAAAAGUCUGUAGUGCCUUGGGUCAACGACCAGGAUGUCCCCUUCUGUCCAGACUGUGGGAAUAAGUUCAGCAUCCGGAACCGCCGCCACCACUGCCGCCUCUGUGGGUCUAUUAUGUGCAAGAAGUGUAUGGAACUCAUCAGCCUUCCCUUGGCAAACAAGCUCACCAGUGCCAGCAAGGAGUCCCUGAGCACCCACACCAGCCCCAGCCAGUCACCCAACAGUGUCCAUGGCUCCCGCCGAGGCAGCAUCAGCAGCAUGAGCAGUGUCAGCUCGGUCCUGGAUGAGAAGGACGAUGACCGGAUCCGCUGCUGUACACACUGCAAGGACACGCUGCUCAAGAGAGAGCAGCAGAUUGAUGAGAAGGAGCACACACCCGACAUCGUGAAGCUCUACGAGAAAUUACGACUUUGCAUGGAGAAAGUUGACCAGAAAGCUCCAGAAUACAUCAGGAUGGCAGCAUCAUUAAAUGCUGGGGAGACAACCUACAGUCUGGAACAUGCCAGUGACCUUCGAGUGGAAGUGCAGAAAGUGUAUGAGCUGAUAGACGCUUUAAGUAAGAAGAUCUUAACCUUGGGCUUGAACCAGGACCCUCCACCACAUCCAAGCAAUUUGCGGCUGCAGAGAAUGAUCAGAUACUCAGCUACACUUUUUGUGCAGGAAAAGUUGCUUGGUUUGAUGUCACUGCCAACCAAAGAACAGUUUGAGGAACUGAAAAAGAAAAGGAAGGAGGAAAUGGAGAGGAAGAGGGCCAUGGAGAGACAAGCUGCCCUGGAGUCUCAGCGAAGGCUUGAGGAAAGGCAGAGUGGCCUGGCUUCUCGAGCAGCCAACGGGGAGGUGGCAUCUCUCCGCAGGGGCUCUGCCCCCUUGAGAAAGGCUGAGGGCUGGCUCCCACUGUCAGGAGGUCAGGGGCAGAGUGAGGACUCAGACCCGCUCCUCCAGCAGAUCCACAACAUCACAUCAUUCAUCAGGCAGGCCAAGGCCGCGGGCCGCAUGGAUGAAGUGCGCACCCUGCAGGAGAACCUGCGGCAGCUGCAGGACGAGUAUGACCAGCAGCAGACAGAGAAGGCCAUCGAGCUGUCCCGGAGGCAGGCUGAGGAGGAGGACCUGCAGCGGGAACAGCUGCAGAUGCUGCGUGAACGGGAGUUGGAACGAGAAAGGGAACAGUUUCGGGUGGCAUCCCUGCACACACGGACUCGGUCCCUGGACUUCCGAGAAAUCGGCCCUUUUCAGCUGGAGCCCAGCAGAGAGCCUCGCACCCACCUUGCUUAUGCUUUGGAUCUAGGCUCUUCCCCAGUUCCAAGCAGCACAGCUCCCAAGACCCCUUCACCUAGCUCAACUCAACAGCCCACCAGAGUGUGGUCUGGGCCCCCAGCCCUUGGCCAGGAGCUCUUAACCCAGAGCAGCAUGCCACAGCAACAUGAGGGGCCCUCCUUAAACCCCUUUGAUGAGGAAGACCUCUCCAGCCCCAUGGAAGAGGGCACUACUAGUCCUCCUGCUGCAGGGGUUUCCUUCGACCCUUCAGCCCGCGUGCCGAAAGAGUACAAUCCUUUCGAGGAAGAGGAUGAGGAGGAGGAAGCAGUGGCAGGGAAUCCAUUCAUUCAGCCAGACAGCCCAGCUCCUAACCCCUUCAACGAGGAAGAUGAACAUCCCCAGCAGAGGCCCUCAAGCCCUCUGGUUCCUGGCAACCCCUUUGAGGAACCCACCUGUACCAACCCCUUUGAGAUGGACAGUGACAGUGGACCAGAGGCUGAGGAGCCCAUAGAGGAAGAGCUCCUCCUGCAGCAGAUCGAUAACAUCAAGGCAUAUAUCUUUGAUGCCAAGCAGUGUGGCCGCCUAGAUGAGGUAGAGGUGCUGACAGAGAACCUGCGGGAGCUGAAGCACACCCUGGCCAAGCAGAAGGGGGGCACUGACUGACCGGCAGUGGAAAGGGCACCUUUGGGCCCAGGGGUCUGGCAGGAGCCAGUGGAGCAGGACAGAGGGCAGGCAGGGUGGAUGGGGAAGGUGGCAGGGUGAGAAGUCAGAUGCACACAGGUGAGGGGCAGGAAUCUGCUGUUUUGUGUUGUGCACUUUGAGGUGUUUCCACUACAGUUGAAUAAUAGAAUAGAAACUAGAACAGGGAGAAUCAGCAUUUAUUUGCUGUUUUUCCUGUUUAUUAUUACUAUCUUUUCUAAUUGGAGGUUUACCCCUUUUGAAGGGACUUUACAUUUUUACUACCGAGAUAUAACUAAAUGCAGCUCUGUUGGGCCCAGGGCAGAAAUGGCUGCUGUGUACCUCUUGGGUCCAUUUGCUACUGCCUAGUCUUGGUUCCUUUUGCAGUAUUAUAGGGCAGCCUUUAUAGAGCCCUUCUUUAGCCAAGACAGAGAAGAUAGAUUCCACUGAGCUAUAUUCUGCUCUGACAGAAGUCCAUCCCUAGUAGGCUGUGAGUUCCAUUUCACCUGGGGCUGCCUCUCCCUUGCUCUGCGCUUCCUGUCUGUACAAUAGCAGGGGGAAGUGCUGCUAUGAAGGGGAGAGUUUAGACCCAGGAGAGCCCAGCACCUCUUUUUAAGUUGGGGUGAUGGGAACAUUUCACCAGGGUCUAUUUUCUCAGUUUAAGUUGUUUUUUGUCGCUUUCAGGAAGUUAAGCUGCCAGUGCAGGGUAUCAAUGUGAAUCUGGUCCUGAGCUUUUUAGAAAAUAAGAGUGGUUAACUUUUUGGUUGAUACUAGUAUUACUUGUGAGAAGAGUUUCCCCACCCUUGUUCUGAUGGAACAAUUGUCUGUCACUGGAGAAAUCUCCCUCCAGAGCUUUGGCAAAGUUACUCUGAUCUGGGUCUAUUUAAAAGGCCUGGUCUCUAAUUUAGGAAUCGGUGAUCUGGAAGCUUUUGCAAAACAUCACCAGAAGAAGGGAAGCUUCCCAGAGUCAGAAGCUAAAUUAAAGUAAUUUCCAAGGCUAUUUGAUCAGCCUUCUUCCCUUUUGGUUCAUUGUGUUCUGACCUGGGGCACUGAUGAGAUUUUUUUUUUUUUUUUUUUUUUGAGACAGAGUCUCACUUUGUUGCCCAGGCUGGAGUGCAGUGGCAUGAUCUCAGCUCACUGCAACCUCUACCUCCCUAGUUCAAGUGAUUCUUGUGUCUCAGCCACCUGAAUAGCUGGGAUUACAGGUGUGGACCACCAUGCCUGGCUACUCUCUGUAUUUUUAGUAGAGAUGGGGUUUCACCGUUUUGACCAGGCUGGUUUUGAACUCCUGGCCUCAAGUGAUCUGCCACCUUGGCCUCCCAAAGUGCUGGGAAUACAGGCGUGAGCCACUGUGCCCGCCCUGAUGAGAUGUUUUAUUACCAAUGUUAGUAUUAAGAAACUGAAAUGUUUGAAGAAGCACAACCCAGGAUCAUGCUGGUAGCACCCACAGUACUUAACUAUUAGUCAAUGAAGACCAGAAAGGGAAAUUGUUAAUUUAGCUCUGGUGCUUUCGUUUACAGGAACAUAACCCUUAACUGACAUCUGACAUCAUGAUAGCCACAUGUGCUCAGCUCCGGGUAGAGUUUCUGCAGUUACUCAUCUUAACUAAUGAACAAUAACUGACCACUGGUCACUUUAUGCCCUGUAACUAGCUCUAGGCCAUACUUUCACUGGUUACUGGUGUGAGAGCUGAAAUUAAUUUUGUUACAGUCUGGUGAAGAUCCCUCUUGAUAAUGGGAAUGUUUGAACUCUCUUGAUGAAAAAAUAAUCUGUAUUUGUGUUGAUGUUCACAUUUCUGUAUCACAUUUCUUAUCCUUUUGGUUGAAUGAAAAGGUCUUGUAUAGGGUGUGGAGACGGGGUGUGGGGACCCUUUGCAUUUGGGAUCUGUUCACAAACAGCCAUAUGAGUGGGUUAAUGAAUGUCAGCCAGUUACCAGCCCUGCUGGUGGUUAUGGGUUGUUUUGAGAAGUUGGCAACCAGGCAUCUAAGAUGUUGCCUGGUACAGGCCUCUUUUCUUCCCUGAGGCCCAUGACAUUUCUCUGAUACUCCAGAGGGUUUCCCAGAUGGCCAGUAGGCUCCUCCCUGCUUAGGCUCUCAUUUCUCUGAAAAGAGGAUGAACUGAAAAGCAGGUAGUUUCAGAAGCUAAUUGCUGCUUUCCAUCAUAAUUAUUUUUCUUGUGAGAACAUUUCUCUUUUAAUUAGCUAGUGAUUCUGAUUAACACUAAUUCACUAAACAUACCCCUUCCCUCAAAUCACCUCAGGUAACAAUCUGUAAGUAACUAAAAGCAUUGAGAAACACACAAGAAACAUUUUUUAAACCUAUUUUUAAAGGCCCGGCUGGGCGCAGUGGCUCAUGCCUGUAAUCCCAGCACUUUGGGAAGCCGAGGCGGGUGGAUCACCUGAGGUCAGGAAUUUGAGACCAGCAUGGCCAACAUGGUGAAACCUCGUCUCUACUAAAAAUACAAAAAUUAGCUGGGCGUGGUGGCAGACGCCUGUAAUCCCAGCUACUCAGGGAGGCUGAGGCACAAGAAUCGCUUGAACCUAGGAGGCAGAGGUUGCAGUGAGCCAAGAUUGCACCACUGCACUCCAGCCUGGGUGAGAAGAGCAAGACUCUGUCUCACGAAAAACAAACAAAACUGACUCAUUGAAUAUACUAAACCAAACUAAAAUCAUAUUAUUUUGAUUAAGUUUAUCCAUGGCUGUAUUCUUCUAUGAAUUCUUCCAUUUAAUUCUUCCAUGAUUAUCUUCUCCUGUAAAUAUAUACAUCACAGGAGUUAGAAUUCUCUACCCAUCAGUUGUACCAUGUCGCAGAAUUCAUGCAGGCACAAAGUUGGAGUUACAGAGAUGGGUUGACAGCAGGGAAAACUUGGCCUAUGUAUUAUAACCACAACUUCAAGUUCUUACCUCAUGUGAAUAUUCACCCUUCCUUUAGUCUUCCAAGGCAAAUAGCCCCAUCUCAUCACCAAAUGAGCAAGGUCUUGAUACGGCAUAGCAGAUCUCCCUAAACACAGACCAUGAGAAAAGACGGAAGAGACUUAGGGAUUCAGGUAUCAGAUGAAGUUGGCUUUUCCCUUCUAUGCCUUGUUUGUAUUUCCCCCUGUCUAAUACACUAAGGAUACUUACUCAUUGUACUUGCAGCUCAAUAUGUCUUUGCUGUUCAGAUACUAAAAUGUAUCUCUGAGUCAUUGUGAGCUGUGCAGUAGGUUGGACAUUGUCGUAGUUGGUGAUGGGACUCAAAAUGAAAAGGUGGUCUCUUUACCAGGUCACAGACUGUAGCAGAUUGUGCUUGUUAUCUGACAAUGACUGUCACUUUGAGGGUCGUUGAUUUGCAUGCACUAUUCUGGGGCCUUGUAUUGGAGCCUUUUUUUAAAAAAAUAAAAUCUGAGAUAGAG